GGAGAGAAGGAGAGGGAAGAGAAGGAAGAGUGGAGAGAAGGAGAGGGUGUGCGUGUGGUUCUGGGACCGGCUAAGGGAACCCUUCAUUCUCCCUUCUCGGUGAACCCGGUUCGCUACAGACUACCCAUUCUGCACCUGUUACCUAUCACCCUGUCCAGAAACAUAGACCACAGCUUCACUGCUCUCUGUGAUAUCCAAAGUUUCCGUGAGCAGCUGACGGAAGCAGCCCAGAAGGCCCACCUAAAGACGCCUGUCCCUGGCAAGGCCAACGGGGUCCUGGUGCUGAACCAGCCCCUGCUCAUCGAGGCCUACGUGGGUCUCAUGUCCUAUAUCGGCAACCAGAACAAACUGGGGUACAGUCUGGCACGGGGAAACGUUGGGUUUUAAACUAGGAUUUUGUCUUUGUGCUUUUCAAUGUACAUUACUACUUCAUUACUUAACCCUAUUUUACAGUUUGUUUUCUUGGCUUGUUCAACUACAGUCAGUCUGAAAUUGAAAGGUAUGUAGUUCUCUAUCAUUUGGAUUACCUAAAGGAUAGUCUACUGUAAUUUCAUACACAAAUUACCGUGCCAAAUUCUUCCUGACAACACAGUCAAUAAAGUUUUCGCAUUACCAUC